UCUUCAUUGCAACAACAACCACUUCCCCAAGAAACUCCUCCUCUCUGUUUGAGAAGAAACAACAUAGCGUGAACCUCUGAAUCGAAAAGAGUCUUCUUUGUUCCCCAUCUUCUCUCCUGCGAUCUCAUUGGAACACCAUAACACGUUUCCCUACAUGAUUUGCGUGUCUUGUCUCAGACACGACUGACUAAAAAUGCAGAAAACGAUACCGAGUUAUGACCCAAACGACACAGACGCAGGCCUCAAGAUUCUCGAAGAUCUGACCGCGAAUGCGGAGCAGAUACAGCAGCAAGUCCUUCAUGAGAUUCUCUCUCAAAACUCGGGCACCGAAUACCUCAAAGCGUUUCUGGUCGACGGCCGAUUCAGCAGGCAAAUCUUCAAGAACAAGGUCCCGGUGGUGAAUUACGAGGAUAUCAAGCCCUUUAUCCAAAGGAUCGCUGAUGGUCAAUCCCCUGACGUCAUCUCUUCUCAACCCAUCACCGAGCUCCUCACAAGUUCGGGGACAUCAGAAGGACAGCCGAAGUUGAUGCCUUCGACAGCUCAAGAACUGGACAGGAAAACAUUCUUCUACAACAUGCUUGUACCCGUGAUGAACAAGUACGUGGAAGGGCUUGAUGAAGGGAAAGGGAUGUAUCUUUUGUUCAUCAAACCCGAGAUCAAGACUUCUUCCGGGCUAAUGGCCAGACCGGUUCUGACGAGUUAUUACAAGAGCCAAAACUUCAGGAACAGACCGUACAACAAGUACAACAUUUACACGAGCCCUGACGACACAAUCUUGUGUCUGGACAGCAAGCAAAGCAUGUACUGUCAGCUGCUUUGCGGGUUGAUCCAGCGGCACGAGGUUCUAAGGGUCGGAGCUGUUUUCGCAUCGGCGUUCCUCCGAGCCGUCAAGUUCUUGGAGGAUCACUUCAAAGAGCUUUGUUCCGACAUCAGAACAGGUAGUGUCUGUGACUGGAUCACAGAUUCAGGCUGCAGAAAAGCUGUAAUGGCGAUCCUCAAGGAUCCAAGCCCUGAAUUGGCUGAUGAGAUUGAACGAGAAUGCAAAGGGGAAUCAUGGGAAGGGAUCGUGAAGAGGCUUUGGCCGAGAGCUAAGUAUGUCGAGGUCAUCGUGACGGGAUCGAUGGCUCAGUAUAUUCCGACGCUGGAGUUCUAUAGCGGCGGUCUUCCCCUGGUUUCAACGAUGUACGCUUCUUCCGAGUGUUACUUUGGCAUAAAUCUCAACCCUAACUGUGACCCUUCUGAUGUUUCCUACACACUUCUCCCUAACAUGGCCUAUUUCGAGUUCUUACCCGUCGCCGAUAAAUCCCACGACGAGAUUAGCGGUGGAUCGCAAUGCAACGGCGUUGAAAACGGUGAUCACAAUCUCGAAAGCAAAGAUCAGAUCGUCGAUCUCGUGGAUGUCCAAAUCGGUCAAUACUACGAACUUGUCAUCACUACUUUCACAGGUUUAUACAGAUACAGAGUGGGAGACAUUCUGAUGGUGACAGGUUUCCACAACAAAGCGCCUCAGUUCCGAUUCGUGCAACGAAGGAACGUUGUCCUGAGCAUAGACACCGACAAGACAAGCGAGGAAGAUCUUCUCAAGGCAGUAACGCAAGCCAAACAGCUUCUCCAACCGUCGAACCUCCUGCUCAUGGAGUACACGAGCUACGCUGACACGUCAUCGAUCCCGGGCCAUUACGUGCUCUUCUGGGAGCUGAAGCCGCGAUACAACGACGACCCAUUCGAGCUAAAGACACCAACAAUGGAGGAAUGCUGUUCAGAAGUGGAGGACUGUCUGGAUUACGUGUACAGAAGGUGCAGAAACAAGGACAGAUCGAUAGGGGCUUUGGAGAUAAGAGUGGUGAGGAUGGGGACAUUCGAUGUGCUGAUGGAUCAUUGCGUGUCUCAGGGCUCUUCCGUGAAUCAGUACAAGACGCCGAGAUGCGUUAAGUCUCAAGGAGCCAUUGAGAUUCUUGACACGAGAGUGAUUGGGAGGUUCUUCAGCUCGAGACUUCCCAAGUGGGAGCCGCUUGGUUUAGAUUCUAAUUAGCUGGUUUAAUAAUCAUUAAGGCGCUAAUCUGUGUCAUUAAGUGCUAAUUCUUAAUUUUUAUGUUUGUUUUCCAAGUGCUUCUUCCUCCUUGUUUCCUUCACAUUGUCUCAUUUGUAACAAAUUCUCCUUUUUUAUCU